GGGCAGGGGGCUGGGGCGGCGGGCGGCUCCGCGCGGAGGCGGGCGGGGCGGCCCCGGCGUCUCUCGCUCCCGCGGCCCCGUGUCCUCAGCCCCCCGGGAGGUGGGCGCGAAGCGUGAGGCGGUCGCGCGUGGGGGCGUCGGCCGGCGCGCGGCCCCUCUUCUCGGUUUCCUUUGCUCCGGUGGCUCGAGAGUGGACACGUUCCUUUCGAGAUCACUUUUGGGCUUCGUGCACACUCGUGUGGCGUGAACAGGAUCCUGGCUCCUCUGCACGGGCCUCCCGGGAACUGGUUUUCCCGCCUCCCAGCCUCUGGGGGGAGGAAGCCGGGAAGCCAGUUUCCGGGAAGGUGGCAGGAGGAGUCUGCUGAGGGCGAGGGGCAUGGACUUCAUCACCUCCACGGCCAUCCUGCCGCUGCUGCUGGGCUGCGCGGGCGUCUUCAGCCUCUUCUCGCUGCUGCAGUGGCUGCGCGCGAGGGCCUACGUCCGCGACGCCGUGGUGGUCGUCACCGGCGCCACGUCGGGCCUGGGCCGAGAAUGUGCCAGAGCUUUCCACGCUGCCGGUGCUAAGCUGGUGCUCUGCGGCCGGAACGCCAAGGCCCUGGAGGAGCUCACCCAGGAACUGGCUGCUUCCCGGGCUACUGAGGUGCAGACGCACAAGCCUUACACAGUGACCUUCGACCUCACAGACCCUGGGGCCAUCGCGGGGGCUGCUGCGGAGAUCCUGCUGUGCUUUGGCUACGUGGAUGUGCUCAUCAACAAUGCUGGCGUCAGCUACCGCGGCGCCAUCGUGGACACCAGCCUGGACGUGGACAAGAGAGUCAUGGAGACAAACUACUUUGGUCCCGUUGCUCUGACAAAAGCGCUCCUGCCCUCCAUGAUCAGAAGGCGCCAGGGCCACGUCGUCGCCAUCAGCAGCAUCCAGGGCAAAAUCAGCCUUCCUUUCCGAUCCGCAUAUGCGGCCUCCAAACACGCGACCCAGGCCUUCUUCGACUGUCUGCGGGCCGAGGUGGAGCAGCAUGACAUCGAGGUGACCGUCGUCAGCCCCGGCUACAUCCGCACCAACCUCUCCCUCAACGCUGUCGCAGCCGACGGGUCCAAGUACGGAGUGAUGGACGAGACCACGGCCCAGGGCCGAAGCCCUGCGCAGGUGGCCCGAGACGUGCUGGCUGCCGUGGGGAAGAAGAAGAAGGAUGUGGUUCUGGCCAACGUGGCACCUUCCCUGGCUGUUUACCUGCGAACUCUGGCUCCUGGGCUCUUCUUCAGCCUCAUGGCCUCCCGGGCCAGGAAGGAGCGGAAACCCAAGCACUGCUAGUCCCGUGUGGGCAGGGUGGCAGCGCUGCUGCUCCAUGGGGACAGGUGUGCAUGCAGAGACCACCCUGGAUUCGUGCCUCAUGGGAGGGCCUGGAGGGAGGCCCGCUUCUCCUGCAGGACCCCCGCCUGUCCUGCUGGGGGAGGACAGGAUUCCUCCCAGGGGAGGAGUAAAAUGCAUCUGGCUCUAAACUCUACAACAUGAAAUAAAGGAAUGAACC